AUGUCACAUCCUCAGUCUGUAUUCGAUAACACCUCGUUUUUUGGCGAGACUAUUCUUUCAAGACGAAGACAAAUAAUUGCUAGCAUUACACUGCGCGCUCAAUUAGAACAGCUUAAGCAGACCGGAAGAUACGAUUGCUUUAAGCUCAAAUGGCAUCCGAUUUAUGAUGAUAAGUCCAUGUGGCCAGUUCCCUAUCAUCUAUUCUGGGAUAGUGACGUCGCAAAAUGGAUUGAGAGCGCCUGUUAUUUUUUACAGAGAGAAUACGAUGCUAGUAUUGACCUUGCUGUCCGGGAAUUAGUUGACAUGAUACGUGACGCUCAACAACCUGACGGAUAUAUCAAUGUGCAUUAUACUGUUGUCGAGCCCCAAAAGAGGUGGUCAAAUCUUCGCGAUAUGCACGAGUUAUACAAUGCAGGCCAUCUCAUUGAAGCAGCUCUCGCACAUCACAAAUACUACCGAAACAAUCACUUCUUGGAUCCUAUUAUCAAAUACGUUUCCCUGAUUCACUGCACAUUUGGAACUAGUGAGGCUCAAUUGCAUGCAUAUCCCGGCCACCCAGAGAUUGAAAUGGCUCUGUUCAGACUCUAUUCGGUCACCAAAUCCCAAGAAGCCUACGAACUGGCCCAAUACUUCCUUCAAGAGCGGGGAAGUCCGUCUGGCCAACAUGGAAUGCACUAUUUUGACUGGGAAGCUCAACAAAGAAAGGAAGAUCCGUACACUCGACCCAACACAUACCCCGAAAGGAAUUCUCACUGGUACUGCCAAGCCCACAAGCCUAUUUUAGAGCAGGAAACCAUCGAAGGCCACUCCGUACGUGCAGUGUAUUUGCUAACAGCUGUGGCUGACAUGGUCCAGCUACACCAUAAAGGUGGUAAGACGUUAAGUAACCCUGAUGCAUGGGCGGAAGCUGUGUCUCGAUUGUGGACCAAUAUGGUGGGUAAGAAAAUGUACGUAACUGGCGGGAUUGGAGCAAUCAAACAAUGGGAAGGAUUCGGGUGUGAUUAUUUCCUACCUACCGGUACGCAUGAGGGCGGCUGCUAUGCAGAGACGUGCGCCUCCAUUGGCAUCAUGAUGUUGGCCGAGAGACUGCUUUCUUAUGACCUCGACUCAAGUUACUCUGACAUCAUGGAGCUCUGUCUUUACAACAACGUGAUGACUGCGAUGAGUCUUGAUGGAAAACAAUUUAGCUACAUUAACCAGCUGGCCAGCUCUGAUAUUGAUAAGAGCAUACGCGAGGACUGGUUUUGGUGUGCUUGCUGUCCGCCAAACUUGACCAGACUUUUUGGCAGCCUUGGGGGUUACCUCUGGCACGUACAAGAAAGCGAAACGAAGGUUGCGAUAAAUAUCCAUCUCUACACAACAGCUAAUCUGUCAUAUACCACGGCAUUGCUUGAAAACGUUUCUUUGCAGCAGAUUUCCAAUUGGCCGUGGGAUGGCCAUGUAUCCUUGGAUCUAUCUUCGCAGUCUCGGAGUGUUACGAUUCGACUUCGCUUGCCAUCAUGGUGUCACGAACAGUUCGAAAUAACACCUUCCCCAGCUUUAGAUGACUUUUCAAUUGAGAAAGGCUAUUUGGCUUUGCAGCCUAGCUAUACGAACGUUCACAAAAAGUUUUCCAUUUCCAUUGGAGGCUUUGAGCCUCGUUAUAUCUCACCACAUCCUUACACCGCUCAGCACGCUCUUGGGAUCGCGCGAGGCCCGAUUGUGUACUGUAUGGAAGAUACUGAUAACCCGUGGCAGCAUAAUUAUUUUCGCGAUGUUGCUCUCAAGAAAAGCGAGCCCAUCUCAGAGGAAGCAAAAUCCAUGGCAAAUGGAGAGGACUAUAUUGGGCUACGCACAAAAUGUUGGUUGACAAGAGAGGACAUAUCUGCAUCAACAGCUGGGCCGAUUUUUGAUGCAUCCAUUGGCGAGGACACAUCUGAAAAGAGCGCUAUUCUUAUACCUUAUUUUUUAAGAGCCAACAGAGGCGGUAACGGAGAGAUGCGGGUUUUGUUGCGCCGGGGCGAAGAAUGA